GCCUGGACUGAUGGUGACGAAACGGCAGUCUCUGUCAAGCUGAAACUCUUAACAUAAUUUUUCACUUAAAUUGCAGCGUCGAGUCGUUCUUUACCACAUUCACUCCGAAACGCAAAACCAGAGAGCGAGAGAGGGAGUGUGGAAAACCAUGUCGGAGAACGCGAUGGCGAUUGACUACGUGAUGGAGAAAGCUUCUGGCCCCCACUUCUCGGGGCUCCGGUUCGACGGCAUCCUUUCCUCUCCGCCACCUUCUUCGUCUCCCGGCCCUUCUACCAACCUCGCAGCCGACCCCCACGCCGCCAAACAGCCAUUCGUCAUCGGUGUUUCGGGCGGUACGGCUUCCGGUAAGACGACAGUGUGCGACAUGAUCAUCCAGCAGCUUCACGAUCAUCGUGUCGUACUUGUCAAUCAGGAUUCAUUUUAUCGGGGUUUGACACCCGAGGAAUCGGAACGAGUGCAUGAGUAUAAUUUUGAUCAUCCUGACGCUUUUGACACCGAACAACUCUUGGAUUGCAUUCAAAAGCUAAAGAACGGGCAAUCUGUCCAAGUUCCAAUUUAUGAUUUUAAGACACAUAGACGAAAAUCUGAUAGUUUCCGGCAGGUGAAUGCUUCUGAUGUAAUAAUCUUGGAAGGAAUUCUGGUGUUCCAUGACCAACAUGUCCGCAAUCUAAUGAACAUAAAGAUUUUUGUCGAUACAGAUGCUGAUGUGAGGCUUGCUCGUAGAAUAAGACGAGACACGGUUGAGAGGGGCAGGGACAUUAACUCUGUUCUUGAAAUGUAUGCCAAGUUCGUCAAACCUGCUUUUGAUGAUUUUGUUCACCCAUCAAAGAAGUAUGCUGAUGUGAUCAUUCCCCAGGGAGGUGAGAAUCAUGUUGCCAUUGAUUUGAUUGUGCAACAUAUUCGCACAAAGCUUGGUCAGCAUGACCUCUGCAAAAUAUAUCCUAAUGUGUACAUUAUUCAGUCCACAUUUCAGAUAAGAGGUAUGCAUACACUGAUUCGGGACCGAGAAAUAUCGAAACAUGAUUUUAUAUUUUAUUCAGAUCGGCUUAUACGUCUGGUUGUGGAGCACGGCCUUGGCCAUUUGCCAUUCACAGAGAAGCAAAUAAUAACUCCAACAGGAUCAGUAUAUACUGGGGUGGAUUUCUGCAAGAAACUGUGUGGGGUUUCAAUCGUUCGAAGUGGUGAGAGCAUGGAAAAUGCACUACGUGCAUGCUGCAAAGGAAUAAAGAUUGGAAAGAUUCUGAUUCACCGCGUUGGAGACAAUGGAAAGCAGCUUAUCUACGAGAAACUUCCAAAGGAUAUUUCAGAACGCCAUGUCCUGCUUCUAGAUCCAGUCCUUGCUACAGGUAACUCUGCUAACCAGGCGAUUGAACUGCUCAUACAGAAAGGAGUUCCUGAAGCGCAUAUUAUUUUCCUAAACCUUAUCUCUGCCCCUGAAGGAAUCCAUUGUGUUUCCCAACGGUUCCCGUCUUUGAAGAUUGUCACUUCAGAGAUCGAUGUUGCGCUGAAUGAAGAGUUCCGUGUCAUACCAGGAAUGGGUGAAUUUGGUGAUCGGUACUUUGGCACCGAUGAUUGAUCAAAGAUAAGUGCAUUUGAUCGCGUCUACUAGUUUCUUUGAACGAAGGGACCUAUAAAUGAACAAUGCUUGAGUGCCUACUCAAGGACGAGGAGAGAUUUCUAUUCAAAACUCUUCGUGUUUGAAUUACAAAGCUUUUGGGUUUAUAAUCAGAACCGUUCAUAUUAUAAAUCACUUUGUAAUGAUCAUCUCUGCAAAAAAUGAAUUAAAAAUAAGGUCGUUUUGACGACUAAACAACAUUAGUUUUAAUUGACUUUUCGUAGAAGCGAUCUUUAUAGAGUAAUGUGUAAUAUGAACGGUUCUAAUUAUAAACACAAGUUCUAUAAAUCGAGAACGAACAAUUUGAGUAGGAACUUCUGCUCAUCCUUUGAGUAACCAAAUAUUAUUCCUUAUUAAUUGGAUAAUUUGGAUUUUGUGUGGCUUGAGUAUUUUUUUUAAGGACCAUGAAUGCAAUUGUAAUAGUAUCUCAAAUUAAUCACACGUUAAUACGUUUUUUUU